UGAGAAACUCCCCCCACUGCCCACCCCUCGCGCGGACAAUCCCGCUCGUCACAUCGCUCGUAGAGACCGCAAGGGACAGACGCGUCCAUCCACCCGGGCUCAAUGCGCGAUCCUCACCCGUGCGCGGCUUCCGCGGCCAUGCUGGAGUCCGGCGUGAAGGUGCUAAAGGAGGGCGUGCUGGAGAAGCGCAGCGACGGGCUGCUGCAGCUGUGGAAGAAGAAGCGCUGCGUGCUCACCGAGGACGGAUUGAUGCUUCACCCACCCAAACAUCACCACCACGACCACCAUCAGCAGCAGCAGCACCCCCACGACACGGGCUGCAGGGCGAAGGAGCUCCACUUCGCCAACAUGAAGACCGUGGACUGCGUGGAGAGGAAGGGCAAGUACGUGUACUUCACCGUGGUGAUGUCGGAGGGCAAGGAGAUCGACUUCAGGUGUCCACAGGACGAGGGCUGGAACGCCGAGAUCACUUUACAGAUGGUCCAGUAUAAGAACCGACAGGCGAUACUGGCCGUCAAAUCCAGCCGCCAAAAGCAGCAGCUGCUCGUCGUCUCUGCGCAAAAGAUGGUCCGGAACGCGCAGUAGAGUCUUCAAGGAAUUUCCCUUGCGUAAAAAAGAUGCUGGAUGCGCAAAGCCGUGAUACCAGGUUGUGGAUGUUUGUGUCACCUUGUGCGCGUUGACGCGCCCGGAGCGCACAGAUGCAUGCACUUCAUGCGUUUCCUAACAGACGUCAUUGCUGAAGCCACCAUGCAAGCGAGGAAUUUCUCCUUAAAGACUAUAAAGCACAUCGGGGCAGGUUGUCACGGGGAUGGUUUCUCUAAUUGCGUAAAUGUUCAUUUGUUUCUUUUUUAAUAUUUUUAUUUUAUACAACUACACAGAUGUUGUUGUUUUUUUAGUUUCGUACUGGUUUGUGAACAAAACUUAAUUCACAUUUCAAAGCCAAGGUUUUCUUCAGUGUCAACAACAGGUUUCCACUGUGACAACUUGCCCCAUACAUUGCCACAUGCAAUGCAUACGCACGCGACACGCGUGUUAAAUGAGCUGUAUCUUUUGCUGCCCAAUUACUUCCAGUAUAUGACAGAUAUAUUUAAGUUUAAAACUUGUGUCCUCUGUGUGUUUGUGUUAAAAUGCCAUGCGUCUCAUUAUUUCUGACUGCUGCAACAGAAAGCCUGUGUUCAUUUUCCAUUUCAGUGCACUUGCGUUUGUCAGUUUUGUGUGACCCCCAGACACAUAAUCAAUAUCUUCUGGUGGGAUGUGUUACGAGAUCGAGAUUCGAAGAGACCACCUGAGCGGGACCCCUGACUGAUGUGUGUCCUGUCUGCAGGUUAAAUAGACAUUUGCUGGAUAAUCAGAUCUUUGCAGACUCUUUGAAAGCUCAUACGGAUCUCGACCUCACAGCUUCAUUACCUUCAGAGCUGGAGUUCAUAUUUUGUUUAUAUUCAUAUUUGAGGAGCGACAAAAUUGCAAAUAGAUUCAGAUGUGCUGUCCAUCAAUGUUUUCCUUUUUUGAUUAUUAAUUUAUUUGUAUAUAUUUUUUAAGUGGUCAUUUACAUUUCAACGUUGAAUUAUGUCUCUGAAAUGACUGUUGAAUAUUAUUAAUUGUAUGAAAAUGCUUCCGUAAUCUUUUGUUUGAUUCAUGUUUCUAAGAUUUGCUUUUGACCAACAAUGGUUUUCAGGUUUUGGUGCAAAUAAUUAAUUGUUUAUUUAAUUGCAUUAUUUUUUUGUUUAAGCCAAAGAGUAUAUUUUAUCUUUGUCAAACCCAUGCGAAUUUAAUUUAAUGUUUGCAAUCCACGUUUUUUAAAAUUACGUUUCUGCCUUAUCCAUCACACAUUAAAUAUGGUAUCUACUCUGACCAAUGAUGUUGAUCGAUGUAUUUUGAUCAAUAUUACAUCAGACUAAACUUCUCAGUUAAAUGCAUGGUGAAAAUACCAACACGAGUGAGCGAGCUGUCAGUUUUUUGUGUGACAUGAAUUGUAUUUUGUUUUUUGAAGGACUGGAGUCAUUUGUUAAGCUGAUGUGAAUGCUACUUUAAUACCUUUAAAAUAUACAUUCCAUUUAAAAUGAA